CCAGCCCUGCCGCCUUCUCGCCUUCACGUCUAUUUUGCUUCGUCAAUACCCCUCAGUGCAUGUUGCUUUCAGUUCCCAAGCCUAAAGCGCACAUGAACCACUUUGGUCAACCUUUGGUGAAGCUUUUCCCUGGUCAAUGGCUUUCAAGUUCCCCUAAACAUGUUGAUCUAAAAAUGCUGACACCCAAAUAGCCCUCAUAAAUACUUGCUAGACAGCUUUUUGCGCAAACCAUCCUCUCGCCCGCCAUGGAGGUCUUUAUCAGUAAUCUUCCUCGAGAUCUUUCCGAGAGGAGUUUGAAAAGCCAUCUGAAGCCGUUCAUGGACAAACUCCACAUCCAUCACUAUGACUGCGAUAAACGGUCCGACAAACCCUUUGGGAAGAUCACCUUCGUCACCCAAAGAGAAGCGAUGAGUUUCCUUAGGACACACGCUCGUCUCAAUAUUAUGAAUCAGCAGGCUUAUUGCAAGGUCAGCCAUCCACAACCAAAGGACAUACAGAACUUGGUCAACGGCAUUCGUCACGAGGCCGAAGAACAGGAAAGGCGGAAGAAGGAGAGGGAGGAGAAUGCCAACAACAAAACCCAGCCUACACGCACUCCAACUUCAGCACUUGAUGCCGACGUACUUGACUGCGGACAUUGGUCCUACAUCAACGGCAACUUGACCUUCAUCCCCGAGUGGUCGUCUACCCUGCGCGUCUCAGCAAAGUUCGCUAAGCACGACCUCGUCAUUACCUCUUUGGAUGGAUCUCAGGUCUCCAUCCCAUAUCGAAGCAUCCAAGAACUCGUUUGGUCCAACAAUGGACACAUCGCCGUCACUCUCACAUACGCCCCAACGUUUCUCUCGCGGCCAAUUCCAUCAGAUCGACCCGGACAACCCAUGAGGAUGCGCCUCGAGGCAUGCGACAGUAACCACGCCAAAGUAUCCAAAUUCUGUCUGGUCUAUCACUUCAAAGUGUUGGACAAUCAUUUGCACCCCAAUAAGGGUCAAAACCAGGGGACUGACUUCCAUGCCGCCAUUAGAGGACUGAAUGAGCAAGAAAUUUUCUGGGUCACGCCUUAUACAUUCCCCAUUCAGAGCGCUUCUCCACAAGACGCAUAUCCUGUCGCAGUUGACAGGCUUAAGGCGGCUCUUGUGGAGUACCAAGGGGGAAAUACGUUGCCUUACAGCCUGCUCUUCAAUCUUCAAGCGCUGGUGUACAGAUCGUAUCUUCACCCGACAACCGUGCUAAAGCUGGCCAGACGCUUAGCAAAUAUAUUCGAAACUGCUCGGCGCUCAGGUCAGCGGCAGGAUCCCAUCUCUGUUGAUGCCUUUAAGGACCUCUUCAAAAGCAUCGACUGGCCGUCGCCGAGCCUCUCAGGCUCCGAGGCGCUUGCCCAGUUCGAGGUCGAAGGGAUCAUAGAACACUUGAACAAAACGGAGAAGCGCAUGCGUGAGGGCCACACCAUGCGCCUGAACGACGAGAUUCCAUCCGGUCUUACCAAGAUCUAUCGGGCACUUGUCACGCCAACCAGAAUCGAACUUCACGGGCCUGAACUGGAAGCCAUGAACAGGAUUCUUCGAAAGUUCCCAGAACACCAGGACCACUUCCUUCGAGUCCAGUUCGGCGAAGAGGAUGGACAGGACCUCUUCUUCAACUCGACGGUCUCCAUGGACACCAUAUACCAGAGAUUUAAAGACGUCUUGACCCAGGGCAUUUCAGUUGGUGGUCGGGUUUACAGGUUUCUCGGCUUCUCCCACUCCUCCCUCCGAGCACAUAGCCUUUGGCUAUCGGCGCCCUUCGUUUACAACGGUCAACUGAAGAUAUCUGAAAACAUCAUUGAGGCUUUGGGUGAUUUCCGCAAGAUCAGGUCGCCAGCGCGACGUGCGGCACGCAUAGGCCAGGCCUUUUCAGAGACACCAUAUUCCGUAUCGCUCUACGAUAACGAUAUCGAUGUGAUACGGCAUAAGGACGUCGAGCGCAACGGCCGCGUAUUCAGUGAUGGAGUUGGGAAAAUAUCGCAAGGUGCCCUCGAGGUGAUUCAUCGCGAGAUCCCCGAAUCCAAAGGCUAUCCGAAUUGCUUCCAGGUGCGAUGGGCUGGAGCAAAGGGCAUGUUAGCUCUCGAUACCCGGCUCACUGGGAGGCAAAUCUGUAUCAGAGAUUCCAUGGAGAAGUUCCGCAGCCAUGAUGAGGAACAUCUUGAAAUAUGCGACAUGGCUUCAAAGCCGAUUCCUCUGAUGCUGAACCGCCAGAUGAUCAAGAUUCUCGAGGAUAUGGGUGCCCCAGCCAAGUGGUUCAUGCAGCUUCAAGAAAAGGAACUCCAGCGUCUUCGGGCGAUCACGGAUAGCGUCCAUAACGUGGCGACCUUCCUCAAGCUGCAGUGCGUUGGAGAUUCUGUUCACCUUAGCCAGUUUCUCAAAGACGUCCACAAAAUGAACAUCGACUACCGAAAGGACCAGUUUCUUCGCGGUCUUGUCGAAGCUGUCGUGCUCAGAGAGUUGCGCUUGCUCAAGCACAAGGCUAGAAUCCCGAUUCCCCAUGGCAUUACUCUGUUUGGCGUGAUGGACGAGACAGGCCUAUUGCGCGAAGGGGAAGUAUACGUCACCUAUGAAACCCUGGACGGUCGCUUUAAAGACCCUCCAGCUGCUGGCCCUGUUGUGGUGACCAGGUCUCCGGCCUUGCACCCCGGAGACAUCCAGGUUGCCCGCAACGUCAUUCCACCCGCGGGGCACCCUCUCAGAGAACUGAAAAACUGCAUCGUGUUCAGCCAAAACGGUGAACGUGACCUGCCCAGUCAGCUGUCAGGUGGUGACCUGGAUGGCGACACUUUCAACGUGAUUUGGGAUCAGAGGAUCGUUUCCAAACUCCACACUUUCACAGCGGCCAAUUAUCCACGUGUCAAGCCCCUGGAAUUGAACCGAGAGAUUGAGUCAAAGGACAUGGCCGACUUCUUCGUUGAGUUUAUGAAGGCCGAUCACCUGGGGGUAAUUGCGGUUCGGCACAUGAUCCUCGCGGACGUACGCGAUAAGGGGACGCUAGAUGAAGACUGUCUCACCCUGGCAGAAUUGCACUCCAAAGCGGUCGACUUCUCCAAGUCGGGGCUUCACGUGAAUAUUACCGAGUUACCAAGACCACCACCUUAUCGGCCUGAUUUCCUUGUAAACGGACCAGACAUUAAAAUCCAUGACAAGUCCAAGAUUGACAUGGAAGAGCAGUACCUUAGGCAAGACAACGAUGAUGGAGACGACACACCGCGGUACAAAUACUACGCAUCGGAGAAGAUUUUGGGACAGCUUUUCCGUGCUGUGGACGAAAAGAAGAUAUGGACCAAAAACAUCAAGCUAGAAGUCCCAUCGGGGGGUCUUCCAUUCUGGAAUGAAUUGGAGACAUCCCUGCUGAAGCGUAUCCGCGCUAUCGGACAAGUGCGGUGGCGACAUCGUCUUGAUGAAGCCCGCCGAAUCUGUGAAUCUUACGAAGACGCCAUAAGGGACGCCAUGGUGGAGUUUGCUGAUUCUCCGACCCAGCCCCUCAAAGAGUUGGAAGUUGUCAUGGGAUUUAUUCUGAACAAAAAAGGCAUUCAGAGCAGGCGGCAGCGAGACAAGUCAUCAAAGCUGUCGGACGCGUUCGUCCGUAUAACUAAGAUGGUGACGAAUGCAUUGCGUCCCUCCUCUCCGCCUGAGGAAGCCACAUCAGAGCUCCACGCAUUGGAGCUCUGCAUUGCCUGUUUUUAUGUGGCAUUUGAGAAGCGACGCGAACCAAAAGAGUAUUGGAAGCGUCAAGUCGCUACAGACCUUGAAAGCUUCCGGCUCGUGGCUAGCUCGGCAUUGCUUCUCGAGAUCAAGGAGCAGGAGAAGAGGAUAAGGCUAAGGCAUGCCGCUAGAGCCGGCGGAUUCGUCGGCGUCCGGGGAGGGAGCCGCGUUGCAGGUCGAGGAGAUAGGGGAGACCAUCGGCAGCCCAUCCGUGUGGAUGUUAACACGGCGGCUCAUGCAACGACCCAGCAAAGCGCGUUUACUGGUGUUGCAUUCGAUUCGGGCUCACCAAGCAGCACGUCGGCCCCAACGACCCCGAGCUCUGGAUCCAACUACACGCCUAGUAGUGGGUCAGUCACGCAAGAUGCCAUAUUUAACGACCCUACAGGCCUCUACCCGGGCUACCAACCGGAAUUGGUACACGCACAGGCUGCCGCAAGAACGGCGGGCGUUUCGGGAGGAGAGGUACCGAGUGGUUCGGCUGCAGGCAUGCCAGUUAAACUGACACCUGCGGACCUGAUGGCGCAGCUUGCGGCUCAUUAUGCACAGAUGCAGAUUCACCAGAGGAAGUAGCAUUUCUGAGGACAUUGAGGACCGGCGGGAGUUGACGGGUGGACAGUGUGAAUUCAGCGGU